UAUGGCUGCGAGUUCACGCGAGGCUGUGGCAACGAGGGAAGUGACGAGUGGGGCUGUUGUUGGGACACGUGACUGGAGCUGAGCUGAUCUGUUUUGACAAGCAGCGGGGAGGGAAGUGAAGAGGAGGAGGAGGAGGAGGGGAGGCAGGCUGGAAGCAUCACGACGACGACGAGGAGGAGGUGGAGGAGGAGGACGACUCACCGUGUUCCUCCUUUCAUCUGCAUUUCGCCUGAAUGUUGUCAGCGUCGAGUCGCUCCUCCGGUUGUAGCCGUCAGCUGCUGCCAGUCGGUAAACAGCGUCCCGCGGGGAGACACGUCGCCGCCGCGGUUGUUGUCUCGGGCUAUUUUGUUUGAAAAGUUUUGAUGAAGACUACGAAGGAAGUCCGCACAGGUGGCGUCUCUACGGCGGAGUAGAUGGCGAUAGUUGGAGCUCCGCUGAUGGACGGAAAGUUGACCGCGUCUGCCUGACACCCUCGGGUUUAGGAGAAGGGACAAUGAACAUGUUAUCGUCGUAGCGAAAAAAAAUAUACAACGAUAUAUAUUUAAAAACGAAAAACACGGAGACGGUCCGUCGUUGUUGUGUUUUUCCUUUUUCUCUCCUGAGCCCGAGCCGUGGCUACCUGUCCUAUGUCGGGGGGGUUGGGAGAUUCGUCGUCACCAGCUUAACCUAUACAGUGACGGUAGGUUGAGUUGGUUGAGUUUGCCCCCCCCCCCCCUCCCCCCCAGAUCUUGCCCGAUCGUUGCGAGGAGGCAGCGUCACACGAGCGGAGACACCGACAUGAAUCGCCUCUCAGCUGUGGUUCAGGUGGAGGAAUUUGAGCCGAGCUGUAAGAGUAGCCAGCCUGCUAGUUAGAUUGCCACUAGCCGGAUUGGUUACUCGCUAGCAGGCGGAUUGAACGACCCCGCUACCCGACUGUGAGCUGGAUUCGUCAUCAGCUGUCUUUGUGUUAGUCAGUCGGACAAUAACAGUGCGACUCGAUGGAAGCGUACAGUAGCCUGCUAACAAAGCAAUGCUUUGUUGUUGGAUAGGGGGGCAGCUGGCACCAGCACGCAGGCUCCACAGCUGAUAUUACUGCUUAGCUAAUACAGCAGGUCUCAGUCACAGGAGGGCUUUGGGGGUGGUGGUGAGGGGGUCCAGACACCGUUGUGUUGCUGUCCAGGCUGCGAGUGAUAGAAAACAAGAAGACCCUGCAGGAGACCCCCAAGGCAACCCGAUGACACUGGACAACAUGAAGCCCGAGCGAGAUGCAACGGAGGAGUUUUUCGAGUACGAUGCUGAGGAAUUCCUGGUGUUCCUGACCUUGCUCAUCACAGAGGGAAGGACACCAGAGUAUUCUGUGAAGGGCAGGACUGAGGGGCUGCACUGUCCUCCGGCCCAGUCAGCCAUGCCGCCUCUUCACAAGCACGAAUGCAGCGACAAAUUGCCCCAGUGUCGACAGGCGAGGCGAACCCGUUCCGAGGUGAUCCUCCUCUGGAGAAACAGCAUCCCCAUCAUGAUCGAGGUCAUGCUUCUGCCAGACUGUUGCUACGGCGACGAGUGCCCCCCGAGCGACCCCAUCAGCGACCCGGUCAUCAAACAAGACGCUCUACUGCUGGAGAGAUGGACCCUGCAGCCAGUUCCGAGACAAAGCGGCGACCGUUUCAUUGAGGAGAAGACCCUGCUGUUGGCUGUUCGCUCCUACGUCUUCUUCUCCCAGCUCAGCGCCUGGCUCAGCGCCUCCCAUGGCAUCGUCCCCAGAAACAUCCUGUACAGGAUCAGUGCCGCUGACGAGGAGCUGGUGUGGAAGUUUUCCCAGCCGCCUUCAGAGCACAUUUUCCCGGUCCCCAACGUGUCUCAGAGCGUGGCGCUGCAGGUUCGUGUCCAGUCGCUGCCCCGACAGCCCACCUAUCCCACCCUGGCCUGCAGCAUCCACACCGGCCUUCCUCCGCUCUACAGCAAGACUCCCAGCCUCAACCCGAACCUCAACAGCCAUGGUGGCCUGCCCACCCUCAAAAAGAGCCAGGACCCCGGCAAAGACAGCCUCCAUCACAACUCUAACAUGUACGGCAACUCCAUGUCAGGCCUUCUCCUCAAUGGCUUACCCGUUCCUAACCUUCCCAUCAACAACAUCCCCAUCAACAGCCUUCCACACACUGCUGUGCCACAUCCCUUCAGCAAGAAGAGCCAGGAGCCCGCUGAAAACCACGCCUAUCAGAACGGGGAGCUCCCGCAGGUCAACAUCCCCCAACGUCAGGGCUCGCCGCUGUUCCACAGGCCUUCCCACUCUCCCACCCCGUCCCGCUCGCCCUCCCCUCUUCCCACAAGCAAAGCGGGGAAGUGGCUGUACUCGGCCCUCAACGGCUCGCCUGACCCCACGCAAGCAGAGGAUUACGGUUCUGGUACCAACAGCGGCGAGAGGAUGAAGGGUCCGAUUCCUGAGCCUCUCAGAGCUUUCAAGACUUUCUCCAUUGCCGAGCCGCCCCGCUGCCCCUCCCCGAGGCCCGCUGCGACCGAGACAAACCCCUUAAUUGGCUCCCUGCUGCAGGAGAGACAGGAAGUUAUAGCCCGCAUUGCACAACGGCUUAACUUCUGUGAUCCAACGGCGCCGCCACUCCCUCCCGGCCUUUUUGCUUCUGACAACCCUCCCAAAGCCAUGUGGGGCAGUAACCACGACGACGUAACUGCCAACAAGACCAAAGAGCCCGACGUACCGCCCUACGAAUCCGUGGGACGUGUGUGGCCCACCCCGUUCAACACACCUGUGACGGACACUUCUUUCGGGAAACGGGAGACGUCGUCACCCAAACCUGCAGCCUGCAGGAAGCUGAAAAUGACUGAGACGAGAGGCCGAGAGGAGGAGAGGAACGGUGAGAAGGACAGGGACACAGAGAGGGGGAAAGACAGGGAAAGGGACAGAGACAGCUCCCUGAUCGCCCAGGCGGUGCAAGACAUCACCCGGCUCAUCCAGGAGAGGCUGUCCGUCCCCUCUCUGUCCCCCAGGCACAGCAGAAGCGGCAGCCCCCUGCACCACACGCACACAACAACAGUCACACACACGGUCCGCACGUACUCGCACGCAACGCACGUCCCGCAAGCCUCACACACUGCCACCAACGGCUACACCAACGGCCACAUACCCAGUCACGAACCUCACCGUGGCAGCACGCACACGGCUGCCACGCACGCGCCUGUUUGCACAGACAAGCCCCAAGUCGAUCCGGGGACCGAAUGCCAUUCUCCCCGGGCCCAAAAUGGUGCUCAGUUUACACUUGAAGAACCCUCGUUCAGAGGCCAGUCCCACGCUCAGGCUGGUCAACGUUUACGAACUCCCCCCCAGGAGAAGCUCAGAGUCAGGACACCCAGCAGCCAUGGACCCCCACCCGCCUCCCCCGUCCUUGAGAACAGCCCAAGGAAUGCUCAGAUUUUUAGAUGGACGUAUGACGAUACCAGCCCAGCCAUGAACUGUAACAGAAGCCACUACCACAGCAAGCCUCAGUCCCCGUCCCUCUCCCAGUCCCAGUCCCAGAUGCAGAACUGCAUGCCAGCCCAGGCCUCUUCCCUCCAGGAUGAGAACCAGGCGCCUUCGGAGACCGGAUGCUCCGGCACAUCAAGUCCAGACAUGACUCCACCUUCCACUGUCCUCCGAGCUCACAGCCCCUCCCCCCUGCGUCCCUGCAACAGCUGGAAGAAACAGAAUCGCCACUCGUUAGACGCCACAGCGACCAAGGCCUUCCACCCGUGCACUGGCCUGCCUCUGCUCUCCAGCCCUGUUCCUCAGAGGAAAAAUCAAACAGGCUACUUUGACCUGGACACCUCUCUGGCUGGCUGUAAGGGUUUGCCUUGGGCCUCUGGGAAAAGGGUGUGUCCGAAGAGAGAGGGGUACACGGAUGAGUCACAGCAGCUGUUCAGCGCCAGCGCUCCACCUGCUAGUCUCAGCCUGUUGGGAAACUUUGAGGAGUGUGUGCUCAACUACCGCCUGGAGCCUUUAGGGACGGUGGAGGGUUUCACAGCAGAGGUCGGAGCCAGCGGAUCUUUCUGCCCCAGUCACCUGACCUUACCUGUGGACGUGUCAUUCUACAGCGUCUCUGACGACAACGCUCCCUCACCAUACAUGGGUGUGAUAAACCUGGAGUCCCUGGGAAAAAGGGGCUAUCGUGUACCUCCAUCAGGAACCAUUCAAGUGACCUUAUUCAACCCGAACAAGACGGUGGUAAAGAUGUUUGUUGUGAUGUACGACCUUCGAGCCAUGCCAGCCGGACACCAGACCUUCCUACGCCAGAGGACCUUCUCUGUUCCCGUCCGCCGUGACGCAAACAAUCAGAGCAGCAGGAGGCCCCUCUCGCUGGGCCAGGGACGCACUUUGCGCUACCUCGUUCACCUGAGGUUCCAGAGCUCUAAGUCUGGGAAGAUCUACCUCCAUAGGGACAUCCGUCUGCUGUUUUCCAGGAAGUCCAUGGAGGUGGACAGCGGUGCUGCCUAUGAGCUCCAGUCCUUCACGGAGUCCCCGAUAGACCCACCGUUCUCAUCCCGCUGCUGAGGCCCGACGCCAUCCUUCCUCCAUCCGGCAGGACACUACUGAAGCUCUGGUCACGCCUUGAUGCCAGUCGGAGACGUUAGCCCAUGGCUAGUUUUUGAAAUGACGCGGAAUUUAAGGACAGCAGUCGACGAGCCUCUUAUGGCCUCCGUUCAGAAACUUGUGUUUCAGCCCUUCUGUCACCCAGAACUGACAAAUGUGGAGGAGUGGGGCGGCUAAGAUCGUUGACUUGUCAGCAGUAAACCUCGACCUCUGUUAUGUUCACAGCUUGAAAACUGAGGUUGGGUCGAAGGUUAUGAUUAUAGGGUGUGUUUCUGAUCUUAUGUUCUGGUCAAGAUGUUCUUACCGAAUGUUUUAGGUAAUUCUUCUUCUUGCUGUUGUGUGUAUCCCCCUCCAGCGUCUGGCAGGAGAGUAGAGACAAGUGAUCGUCCACAGAAGCAGUUAGACACUUGAAAUUAUUUCAUCAGAGUUCACGCAGUUUUACUCUGUCGACACCAAUCAAAAUGUUAAUUGGACCUCUGAAGUGUUAAAGCGUAAUUAUUUUCUUCCUAAUUCAAUGCGAGGCCCUAUUGAUGGUAAAAUUACAUUUUACACGAUUGGAUCGAUUCAGCUCAAAGUGAACUCAGUUGUGACCCUGUGACUCCUGAGCUCGCUGUGGAGGGAGUGAAUAUGGAAGAGGGCCCGGAUGGCAGACUGUGGUGCAACACAUACCGAGGACCACGAAAGAAGCCGAUGAAGCAAUCACGAUAGAUUCACCUGAAAGCAUCACAGCAGGAUAUCAGCAGUGCACUGUGCAUUUUUUUUUCUCAAAACUGGAAAUGAACGAGAAAAAUAGUCAUAUUCUAAUACUUUUGUACUGUUACAAAACCACUUUAUUGGAAGUGUUGCAAUAGAAAGAGUAACCUUAGUUUAGUGUUUACACAUUCACUUUCAGUUUACUUACCAUCAUUUUAUUUAAUAUUUAAAUUAAUAUUUCAUUUAACUACUUGUGACGUCUGUCAUGCUAAGAUGAUGUAGUGCAAACUGUAUAUCAUAGUAUGUAUUUUUGACAUUAAUAUUCAAAUCUGAAAAAAAAUAUAUCUAUAUAUCUUCUAAAGCAA